AGCACAAGUAAAAGUUUUACUGUAAAACCCACAGAAGAGCCCCAUUGAGGAAGAAGAAGAUGUCUCUGCGACAAGCAGCAGCUAACAUGAUCAAGCAGCGUUUCCGUUUGGCCUCUCAAACUUUCUCUUCAACUUGUGGCGGAGCAGCCACUGCUAUUCCACUCGCCAGCCGUGCCAAAUUUGAUCACGGUUCUAAGGAUUGUAGUUGGAGGAUGAAUUACAGCCACAGGGACCCUCGUCUGUGGCUUUUUGUAACCGGCAAUGCAGCUAUUUUUCUUGGGAUACAUUCCAAUACUGUCUUAGCAAAAGAUGAAUCAGUUGAUCCUGAUAAUGGCACGGAAGGCGCUGAAGCCGUGGGAUUGCGCAAGAUUGAGGACGGUUCUGUGAUAUCAAAUAUACAUACUUCUAAGUGGAGGAUUUUUACUGAUAAAGGGAGGGAUUUUUUCCUUCAGGGAAAGUUGGAGGAAGCUGAAAAGCUUUUCCUCUCAGCUUUACAAGAAGCGAAAGAAGGCUUUGGGGAAAGGGAGCCACAUGUUGCAUCUGCAUGCAACAAUCUAGCAGAGCUCUAUAGGGUUAAUAAGGCAUAUAAUAAAGCAGAGCCUUUGUACUUGGAAGCUAUCAGCAUACUGGAGGAAUCAUUUGGUCCUGAAGAUAUAAGAGUUGGGGUUGCCUUUCACAACCUUGGCCAGUUCUAUAUUGCCCAACGGAAGCUUGAAGAAGCUCGCACUUGCUACGAGCGUGCUUUGAAGAUUAAGGGCCGCGUUUUGGGUCUUAACCAUUCAGAUUAUGCAGAUACUAUGUAUCAUCUUGGAACGGUGCUACACCUCCAAGGAAAAGAAAAGGAUUCUGAGGCCCUUAUUCAGGAUUCAAUCAGAAUACUUGAGGAUGGUGGCCUAGGGGAGUCAAUGGUGUGUGUCAAGAGAAUGCGAUCUCUUGCUCAGAUGUAUACGAAAUCCAAUCGUUUUGCAGAGGCUGAGAACGUACAAAGAAAGAUUCUACAUAUAAUGGAAUUAACAAAGGGAUGGAAUUCAAUGGAAACAGUUAUAACAGCUGAGGGGCUCGCACUGAUCCUACAAUCCGCCGGGAGCUUAAAGGAUGCUGAAGAGCUUCUUGAAAGAUGUCUUGAUGCUCGGAAAACCUUACUUCCUGAAGAUCAUAUCCAGAUUGGUGCAAAUAUGCUUCACAUUGCUAGAGUGGCAAUGAUCAAUUCCAACCAACUAAAGAAGAUGGACACUUCUAAAGCAAUUGCUGAGCUUGACAAGGCCAGAGAUAAUUUAAAUGAGUCCAUAAGGAUAGCACGGUGUUCUUUGGAUAAAUCAAUCAAGAAGAAUAGAAAGACGAAAAGUGAUAUUGGAAGGAGUUGUCGUGUGCCGUUGGUCAUAAUGUUGCAAGCAUUUGACGCUCUUAGCCUUGUGGCGAUCGCUAAGCAAGAAUUACAGGAAUCAAAGCAGGAUGAGUGUUCACCUAACAUCGAAGCUGAGGAUGCACUAUUUAGAUGCAUCUCUGCUUACAAAGAGUUUGUAACUGAGAAGUCAAUUGCUGAGUUACCUGAAGUAAAGGCAGAGUAUCUUAAAUGUUUGAAGCAUCUUAUAAGCUUAAAUGGUGGUAGCAGUACCCAAACGUCACAGCAAUCUACAAGAGUCAAUUUGCAAGAUCUGGGAGAUGAAAUCAAGCGUCUUGAACUUGAACUCUCCCUGUCUAGGAAACGUAAAAUCUAAGGCAGCUGUCAAUCGUCGAUUGUUGUUGCAGAAGCAGUUACAGACACAAAUCUUUUGCUAGAAUUACCUCUACUCUCGAACUUGUCGUCACCCCCCGGACCCCCGAGCAGAUUUAUACUGCUCACAUAACUUACAGCGGUGAAAUUGUGCCAGCUUUGAAUGGGAAGACACUUGAGUUAAUCGCCUAUGAGCAACCCAAAACGAUAAUGUUUUCGAAGUUGGAAGCUCAACUUCAGGUGUAAUUGUCCAGGCACCCUUGUAAUUAGCAGCACUAAAUCACGGUGGAUUCUCAGUAUUGUCGUCAGUUUUCAUGGCAAUAGGGGCGAUUCGAGAGAACUAAGUCCUCGACUUUGUACAUGUCUGAGGUCGGAAGGUUGUUAAACCGUCUAUUUUUUAAGUUGCAGUUCAUAGAUCAUUUUUGCAAAAUAUUAGCCAAAUCAGAAAUGUUUGAGGCAUCUAAUUAAUUUGGAAGAAAUUAACGAACAUUAUGUUUUAAGAAACAUUGAAAUUACAUUGUGACAAUUAAAUUGGCAAAUAGUUUCAUAUUUAGCAAUUAGGGCCUUUAGACUUGCAAUACUUUCGGAUUGUAUAAGCUCUGUUGUUUAAGUCUCUUUUAAUUUAACUAGGUUGAACGUUUAGGCCAU